GGGCAAAGCUGACAAACUGGCAGAAAAGUGUCUACAUGUAUAUGAAGAGAAACUACAUCAGAAUGACUGGCUUAGGGGUCAAAGUCAACCAACCAGUUUUCAUGCGUUGCAAGGAACAGGUGGAAGCGAACGGUAAAGAGAAAGAUUCUGAAGAUGAUUUUUACACACAACAGAUAAAACGCAUAAAGCUGACAAGAGUGACAGUAGAUCUUUGUGAUAUACGUGGAAAACUUGGUGGCAGAGAUUCUAUUUCAGCUUCUUCCAUUAUGCCAGGAGUCAGUACCGUUCGGGUAAAUGCCUGGAGCCAUCGGUUGCGGGAAAGGAAGACUCGAGUGAUAUAUGAAGAGAUCAGUGACCCCGAAGAAGAUGAUGAUGGUGAUGAUGACGAUGACAACAACGAUGAUGAUGAUGAUUAUUGAAUAUAGAGUCAAAAUAAGCCCAGGAUGAGAAGAAUGUGGUGGAAAUUCAGUAUCAGAGCCAUAACUCCAAAAGCCUAACUAUAAGUUAUAUGUAGAGAUAUACAUAUAUUUACUUAU